AUGGUGAGCCCAGCGAUGCUGAAGGGUAUGAACACGGAGAUUUACGGGGAAGGGCAUCCUUUCGGAGACCCUUCCUGGUACCAGGCCUACAACACGCCCUACUACAACGACUCGCACAAGAAGUUCCGCAAGAUCAUGCGGGAGUACGUGGACGAGCACAUCAUGAGCAACGUGCACGACUGGGACGAAAAGGGCGUGAUCCCCAAGGAGAUGUACCUGGAGGCCGGCAAGCAGGGAACCCUGGGCCUGUGCAUUGGCCGGCCCUGGCCUGAGAAGUAUUUCGGCCCGUCCCCUUGGGGCUUUGAGCCGGACUACUUCCAUGAGCUCAUCAUGUACGACGAGAUGUCCCGCACGGGCUCCGUUGGCUUCCAGUGGGGCAUCGCAGGCGGCACCACCAUCGGACUGCCGCGGUGUACCACCACGGCAGCGGGGAUUGAACGUGGCCGCGUGGCCAACCUCAAGUGCACAGCCAAGCUGGAGGGUGAUCACUACAUCCUGAGCGGCGAGAAGAAGUGGAUUACGAACGGCAUCUUCGCCGACUACUUCCGGGUGGGGCGACUCAGCUUGUUGCUGGUGGAGAAGGGCAUGCCAGGACUGGAGACCCGCAAGAUGAAGUGCUCAGGUGCGUGGUCGUCCGGCACCACGUACAUCACCUUUGACGACGUGAAGGUGCCCAAGGGCAACCUGUUGGGCAAGGAGGGCAAGGGAUUCCAGUACAUGAUGCAGAACUUCAACCACGAGCGCUUCGCUUUCUGCGCUAUGAGCACGCGUUUCGCGCGGGUGUGCUUGGAGGAGUCGCUGAAGUUUGCCGGCAAGCGCAAGACGUUUGGGAAGACGCUCAUUCAGCACCCCGUGAUUCGCUUCAAGGUGGCUGAGAUGGCGCGCCAAGUGGAGGCCACUCACAACUGGCUGGAGUGGAUCACCUACCAGCUGAACACCAUGCCCAAGCUCGAGGCCAUGCUGAAGCUGGGUGGGCACACGGCCCUGUGCAAGGUCCAGGGAAAGGGCGAUUGGUGGCUCCGUGUGGAGCUGUGCUGCGUGCUGGGGGUUGGGGUGCGGAGCGUGGAGGUCAUGGAGUACUGCGCCCGCGAGGCCGCUCAGAUCUUCGGCGGGCUGUCCUACUCCCGUGGCGGCCAGGGUGAGAAGGUGGAACGAUUGAACCGAGAGGUCCGCGCCAUGGCCAUUCCAGGCUCUGAGGAGAUCAUGCUGGACUUGGGCGUGAAGCAGUCCACCAAGUUGGCCCAGAUGGCCAAGAUGUUUGCUGAGGCGGCGCCCCAGCCACAGGCAGCCAAGCUGUAA